AUGGUAAAAAUCAAGAGAGAGAAAAACAGUCUGUGAUUUCUAAACUGCACAAGACAGAAUCAAGAGGCUCCAAAAACCCCACAACCAAAGAAGACAAAGCUAAAAAAGCAAAGAAAACAAAAAACAAAGGGAAAAGAAAACAAACAAAACCUGGAGGAAACACGAAUACAGGGAAAAUUUAAGGCUGCAAAAAAACUACAUUGGAUCCAAAGAAAAAAUAGAAAGCAAAGCAUCAACAGAGAGCUGACCCAUUAGUACAGAGAAACAAAUACAGGCUGACUAGAAUGCUGCCUGGAGUGAAGAUGCAUUUACAGGCGCUGUUUGUGCUACUGAUUGGCCAGUUAUUGACAGAGACCCUGGGGACACCAGCUCCAUCUGAUUAUCCUACAGCAGACCUGACACCAUCUAUGCAGAAAGCAGAGGAGACAACAGACCUUGUUCCAUUUUAUAAAGAACCUGUAGCGCCUGUGCAGUCCCCGGACAACUCCCGUGUAGCACAGCCUGUUAUUAGCAUCAGUGAGAGGGUGCAAGUGAAACCACGGGAAAAGAAGGAUCUGGGUACAUUAGGCUAUGUUGUGGGCAUCCUCAUGGUGGUGAUAAUCAUUGCAAUUGGAAGUGGCAUCAUGGUUGGAUAUAUAUAUAAAAGGGGCAGAGACCUUAAACAGAGGCAUGAGCAGGAACUGAAAGAGCAACGACUCCACAGAAUCAAUCUGCCACUCUCUGCCUUUAUGAACCCUACAUGUGACAUUGUAGAUGAGAACAGCAUUGAGGUGCCAAUCAAUCAUACACCAAAUACAGCUCAGGAGGGGAAUGCUCCUCUGAUGGGCUGUGCCGGCACCCCUGGGGCAUGAGGGACACACGCACAUAAACUUGGAACUAAAUGUGCACUGCCUUCAGGUGCUGACUUUUGAUGGGGUUCUUCCAACUGCCACGCCACAGUAUGGCAUCAUCAAGCUGAAGACCGGAAACCAGAGUUUAUUCACUGAAGAUUUUGUUAGUUUGUUAAUUAGGUUUGCAUUUGUUUGUGGCUGGGAAAGAGGUGAAAUUAAGAACUUUCAAUAAGCCAUGGACUAGGAGUAAUCAGAGGUGGGAGGAUUAAAUCUUCCAUUAAUUACUAUGCUUGUAUUGCAAGGACCGGUUUGCUCCCCCAAGACUGCCUCUCCCCUUCUGAAUAUUUUUAAAAUUGUGGUCAGGGGAAUCUUAAUGUAGAGGAAAUGGUGGAAGACUGCAAGUACUUUUAUUCUUUAAAAUGUAAUAGCAAAAAUGAUCAAUUCUUGUAUCGGGGCUGUGCCCUGUUAAACACAUAUGCACAUACUGUGGCAGCUCCUUCCUGCAUUCAUGUCACGUAGCCAUUCCAAGGACGAAGAACCUUGCAGCACAAACCAAUCUUCCUGUGGACUUGGUGUCUGAUCCUGUAUGUUUUGUUCACAAUUACAAAACUCAGUCCCACCCACCUUCCUUUUGCUGCUAGGUGUAAACUGGACAUAUCUGAAUGUACACGUUACUGAAAAAAAGGUUGUUGUUUUUUAUUAUGAGUGUUUCUUCUAUAAAUAAAUAAAAAAAUAUGUAUAUACA